AUGUGCAGCCUCAAUGACUUGCCCAACGAAAUUCUGCUUCAUAUAAUGUCAUAUCUUAAGAUAAAAGAUGUUGUUAAGACUAGUGUUUUGUCAACACGGUGGAGGAAUCUCUGGAAAUACCUUCGAGAUCUUAAAUUGGAUACCUCUGAAUUUAGCAAGCCGUGUUUUUUCUCCGAAUGUGUGUUUGAGAUUGUGUCAUCUCGUGGUAUGGGCAAUUAUCCUUUACGUACUCUUGAGUUCAAUCGCCAUGGAGCUUUUCGGCAUGAGAUUUUCACUCGUCUCAUAAACCAUGCUAUGUCUAAUGGUCUUCAGCAACUGAACAUAGCUGUCCCGAGCAAUAUUGGGUUGCCGUAUUCUAUCUUUUCUUGUCAUUCUUUGACAUCUAUGUAUAUCUCCGUUUCAAGGUAUGAUAUCAAGAAAAGAACCAGAUUGCCGAAGAAUCUUGAUCUUCCGGGUUUAAGAAGUUUGCGUCUUGAACUUGUUGGGAUUCAAGCUGAUGAUAAUGGUCAUGCGGAACCCUUCUCAACCUGUACUAAGUUAACUGAUUUGAACAUUGACGAGUGUUUCUUAGUUUAUCCCGGCUCGCUCUCCCGAGAUGGAGAAGGAAUCAUCAAUGUAACCAAUGCUACACUUUCUAAUUUGACCAUUAAGGAUACUUUAACUCUUAAAACUAUGAAACGGGGACCAACUUGCAAAUAUGUGAUAUUUACGCCAAAACUAGUUUCGUUUACUGUAAAUGGUUCUCCUUUCCGAGCAUCGUCCGGACCAGAGAGGGUGAAGGUUGAGCUUCAGUCUUCCUCGAUGAUGUAA